UCAACUCACUUCCAGGCAAAAGGUUUGUGGGAUUUUAUGGCUAGUUACAGCAGCCUUUCAGUUCUGUCAGCCUUUGUCUCUGAUAAUUAUGAGUUUUAAAAGUCAUCGGUUGAGUGUGAUAUCUGCCAGAAACCUGUGAUGACUGGUUGUGAAACUGCUUUGGCUCGGGGUUGUCAUGGUAACAGCACUGGUUGCCAGGGUGAUGAUUUCAUUAUUGGCAUAGGGAAACAGUAUGGUGAACUGGUGACCAGUUUUGCACUCAGGAUUUCACGGUAUUAAGUUAUAUGACAGUGCAGUCUCUUCUCAGGGUGACAGGAGUGUCUUAGUUGACGCAGCUUGAUUGUGCUUUGAUUGUCAGAGCAAUUAUUUCCUCCUGUCAGUUUCUGUGCACGCUGCAGACGUGUGGGAUGUGGUGAAAUGUUUGUUGACAACAUGUGAUGUAUUUCAUUGAGGCGACCCCUGACCCUUGACACACACAACCCCCAUCCUCUCAGCUGUUGUCAAGCUGAAACACUGCACUUACCUAACACAGCACUGUAAACGGCACAGAAACCUUUCUGAAGAAAGAGCGAGAGCAGAACACAAGAAAAGAAUGAGCAGUGAAUGCAGACAGAGUCAAGGGCAUUCGACUUACACCCACAUGUGUGACUCACAACUGUGCCGGUGUAUAUCAGAAAAGAUUGAUCGGUAAAGGUCUACUCUCAUUGAGAAAUAUAGUUUGGACCAGACAUGGUUGUGUAAGACUGAAAAAAACAUACUGGCCAAAAUGUGUAAAUGCAACAAAAAUUAAGCCCAGAAGUUCAUAAACAUCUUUUACAAACCAAUUGCAAAUGCUUUAUGGAAAGUGAAAUUAUGUAAAUCACCAAAUAAUGAGAAUACAAUGAAUAAUGAAGUGACUAUGUAUUCUUUUAUAAAUUAAGCGCUAUUUCGUGUGUUGUAUGGAGGUCUUUCAGAGAGGUUACGAAUAGCAAUCUAGCUUUAAAGAGCAUAAGAUCCCACCCUCGCUGCAAAUCAUUCUCCGAAGCCAUGCCUUCUCCAAAAGACAUGAACAUGUGCAUGCAGAGUCAGACCAGAGGCUAACCAGCACACAGACAGAUGGCAGAAGGUUGAAUACAAUGCUGUAAGAAUACCUUGUGUCUCAUCCACCAGUGAGAAAACAUUACAGUACAAAGAGCAUAUUAUUACAAUAAUAACGCCUUCCAUUCUCACUCGCUCUGCAAUAACAUAAUGUAAAACACUGAUGACAUAUCAUGUCUGCAUGAACAGGGCGCAGAAAGAUAUGCAACUCGUUCCUCACCUUCCAAAGACAAUGUAAAUAAAUAUAAAUACAUUUAGAACACUUUACUUGGUGAUUGGUAUUUUGGAUGUGAAGAGACAAAAAAUGUUACUGAACCAAAUCUCUUUCCCUGCCUUUGAGUGACCAAAAACCACACAUUUGUAGCCUAAAAGUAAAUUGUAAGCAUAUUAAGCACUCAAAUGCAGGAUUGACAAUGGUAUUCUGCUACUGUGUGAAUGUAGCCUCACUGGCCAAAUUCAACAGUCCUCAAGUCUCUCUGAUACUCUGGUUCCUAGAUUUGGUUUCAGUCCCUGGAUCCCAUGUAAGUCUGUGGAAUCGUCUGCUUUUUCAUAUAAAACCAACUUCUGUCAACAUACAACUUCUCAACAAACUGCACAAUUUGAUUCAGUUAUGUGCUGAAGUUUACUCAGAGAUUUGAUUAGGGGUUUGUUCAAGUCCCUGUGAAAGCAAUAGUAGACGCUUCAAUCUUCUGCUACAUCAUCAGUGUUGUUAUCUACUGUACAGCUUGUUCACAGCAGAACAGAUGGGUGUUUUGUUGUUUGCCCACUAUGUUUUAUGUGUGAUGAGCUUGCGUAUGUCCUGCCUGGACAUGAUUUUUCAGAAUUUUCUUUUUUUAUGUGUGUGUAUGUUCAGCAGACCCUUUAAAGAUGAGGACCUCAUGGUCAUCAAAAAUAGUACCAACCUGCACAGCACCAAGGGUCACUGCCAAAGCAAAAGCCACUCCACGAGGAAUAAAGUCUUGUCCAAAGGAAAACCCUUUGACAUGAUAUAUGUAGUUGGAGGAUGGAGUAAAGAUGACCCAUCCUGUCCAGUUGAGCAGUUCUGCCCCCAGUAUAAUGAGUGGAAAAUGACUGCUCCCAUGCUCCAUCCCCGCAGUGACCCAGGGGUGUGUACUCUGGGCGGAGCCAUCUAUGCUGUGGGCGGGUCUGAUGAUGUCACCUGUCUAAGCAGCGUGGAGAGGUACGAUCCAGAGUGUAACACUUGGUCUGUGGACGUGCCCUCACUUUCUUCGCCACGGUCAAGGGUGUGUGUGUUAGAAAUGGACGGAUGUCUAAUUACACUGGGAGGUUUUGACGGCAUGACCUGCAUUAACGCAGUAGAAAGGUAUGACCCAUUGAAGAACUCCUGGUCUAAGUUGACACCAAUGCUGAGGAACAGGGCAUCUGCAUCAGCCGCUGUCCUGAACGAUCAGAUUUACGUUAUGGGAGGAACAGAUGGAGACAUGACUCUGGAUUCAGUGGAGCGUUUUGACCCAUUUGAGGGAUGCUGGUCUCUCUGCCCAACCAUGUCCACAGCUAGGGAAGCUUCAGGAUGCACCGUGUUUCUUGGCUGUCUGUAUGUUGCUGGAGGACGAGAUGAACUUGGUCUGUCAUUGAGCACCGUGGAGAAAUACGACCCAGACACGGUCCGUUGGAGCCCCGUAAGGGCUAUGAACAACAAGAGAUUUCAGGUCUCUUUAGUGCUGUUAAAUGGCCUUCUGUUGGCUAUUGGAGGAUUUGAUGGUGUAAUUGACCUUAAAACCAUGGAGGCGUAUGACCAUGAGACAAACUCUUGGAGACAUUUUGGGAGUACGGAGUCCAAGCAUCCUGGUGGACACGUGGCUUUGAUUAAGGCUGUGUGAAAUUAGGUGUAUUGAUUCAAGUAUAUUGAUG